AUGUUGAAUUCAGAGGAAAGCAUUGACAAUGAAUCUUCCACGAUUUCUGUGAUGAGUAGUUUGUCAAACAGUGAUAUACCUUUCGACACUUUCAGUAGUACACACUCCAGCUGUUCACGAGCCAAUCAAUCGGCAGGAGUGCUCAUAAAGAAAAAGAAGACUCUCAAACCCCCCUCGCCUCAAAAUAUCGAAGAUGAACUUUCUCGGGAAAUCAUGAGAAGCCGCAGUUAUGGCGAAUGCGACCUCUCGGCCCUUCAUCUAACAGUUGUGCCUUCUGGACUUUCUUUACAGUCGCUUACAUUACUUAAUCUAUCCCAAAAUAAUUUGGUUGAGUUACCACACGAAAUGUUUAUUAAUUCUUACUGCCCGCAUUUGAGUUGUCUUAACAUCAAUUCCAAUAGAUUAGAGCACCUUCCGAAUACUCUAUUUUAUUUGCCCAAACUUAAGAUAUUGAUGCUUAACGGAAAUAAUAUAACAACACUUCCACGGCUCGAUCCGGAUCGAAAAAUUUUGCCUUCACUGGAGCGAGUAGGUUUGGAGAAUAACAAGCUGAGGCAGUUUCCAAUUUUUUUUUGA